UGUAAGAUCCACGGACCAUCAUCAAUUAGUUAUGAGUUCUGUUACAGAAACCAUAGACUGUGAAGAUUCCAGUGUAGUAAAUGCAGACCUUCAAGAGAAAGAUAAAAAUGCGGCUAAUGAAAACGCAUUCACGGAUGUUUUACGUGAAACAUCGGUUAUUGUAUUCCGAAAAAGAAUACAGGAAAUAAGAGAGGAGAUUUUGGAGCACAUAAACAAUCGCAUUAAUGACAUGACAUCCGAGAUUCUGCAGAAGAUAGAGAUACCUUCGAUAAAGAAUGGAAAAUAUACAAGAUUCUUGUAUAAGAUGGACAAAUAUCGCGACAAAAAGAAAUCCAAUAAGAAAGAUACGCUGCCAGAUAAGGAGUUUCUUGAAAGAAACUCAUUGCUCACCGAUCUCUUUGAGAUUCCGCACAUUCGUUCGAUUUACAAUCUGUUUUUUAUGACUUUCAUGUACUUGCUUGUCAGUACCGUCGCAUCCGAUAUUAUGAAGUCAGGAACAAUUCGCGUUGGUGCCAACACGAUAGGAAUUGGUUUCGCAAAAUUUUCAACGUGCAUCUACAUUUGGUCGUUCAUGCAAGCCUCGACACUCUGUGUUUACGUGGCUUUCACCCUCUGGGGGUAUCAACGACUCCGAUUUUUGCCAAAAUCCUCCAUUCAAAAAUUUUGGGAUUACGGCUGGCUGUCAGCAUUUAUAUUGUACCAAUUUCUCUUUAUUAUUUUUUCUAUUAAGGCGAUGUUAGACGCGAAUCUCUCCAUAUGUUGCAGGAUGAUUGUUAUUAUAGAACAAAUACGUAUGUUGAUGAAGAGUCACGCUUUUGUCAGAAGCGCAGCAACCCGAUUUUUGUCGUACAAGUCUCACAGUGAAACUCCGCGACCAAAUGGCCCCAGAUUCUCACAAUAUCUGUAUUUCCUGUUCGCACCGACUCUUGUGUACCGCGACGAAUAUCCUAGGACGAAGAGAAUCAGGUGGAUGGUGGUGAUUCGAAAUUUCGUUGAAGUCGGCCUAGCAAUCUUUUAUCUUACCUUUAUUCUGGAACGCUUCAUAUUUUCGGUUUAUCACGUGCUCGGUACACAACAUCUGGAAUGGAAGUGGUUUGUCAAAAAUAUCAUCGAGACUAGUGUCCCCAGCAUUCUCUACUUCAUCACCGGACAAUACCUUCUGCUGCACGCGUGGAUGAAUGCUUGGGCGGAAAUGCUGCAGUUUGCGGACCGAUUGUUUUACAAAGACUGGUGGAACUCCACGAAUUACUACACGUAUUUCCGCACGUGGAACGUGGUAGUGCACGAUUGGCUGUAUACGUACAUUUACAAGGACAUAUACGAAAUCGUGAUGCCGCGCAAUCGGUUAUUAUCAACCACCGCUGUAUUCCUCACUUCUGCCAUCGUCCACGAAUACAUACUCGCAUUUGGAUUCGGCUUCUUCUACCCUGUAGUGUUUAUCUUAUUCGGAUUCAUAGGCUUCGCCUUGUUCUUCGUUCGCAAGAUCAUCACCAGCAACAUCUUUAUGUGGAUAAGCUGGGGCAUUGGCGAUGGUAUCAUAGUGAGUCUGUACUCAAUAGAGUGCUACGCCCGACAGAACUGUCCGCCUCAUUCCAAUUACUACCUGGAUCUUUUCAUACCACGAAGCUGGAACUGUUAUGAGCAAUUCAACACGUAGGUCAUCUCGUUUGCGUUGAAAAUUAAAUCUUUUCGUGAAACAACGAUUUCCAUGUGCAGUCAAAGACUACAUUUA